AUGACUGAUGACUCCUACCUUGAGCUGGUUCAUACAUGCUUCAAUGGCUAUGGUCAUUUCUUCAAUUCUAUCACUGCCUUUGGUGAUUUGAUAUUUACAUCCGACAAACAGUAUGCACAACUACAUGGUACUAUAACGCUCACCUGCAACACAAGUGAAAGCGUUUCAGCGGUUGAGUUUCAGAGAGAUGUAUACCAUUUGGGAAUAUGCUAUAUAGAAGUGGGAUGUUCGACAUCAAAUGAAAGAAAAUUUAGUUUGAAAAUCAAUCAGCCUGUUGGAUACAACAUAUACACCUUAACGAUAAACAAUUUUGAAGUGAACGAUACAGGCUUAUAUCGAUGUCUCGAUGUCGAUACCUUUUGGCCGGACUCUACAAUACAUAUUACUCAUGCAGUGGACAUUAAGUCAGUGACACUAACUCCAAAGACUGACCUUAUAUCGGUAAUUGAAAAUGUCCCACAGAUUUUCCGGUGCGUUACGUCAACGUGUCGUCCGGUGGCCACAAUAUCGUGGUAUCUGGGUUCCACGCAAAUCACAUCUGGCAAUGAGUCCAAUUCUUUACAAGACGUCACUACUAGUACACUAAACUACACCUUCCAGAAAAGACACCAGAACAAGCGAAUCCUCUGUCGAGGAAGUAAUGGUGGUCAAUUACUCACAUCUGAUAAUCAACCAAGACUUAACGUUCUUUAUGGACCAAGUAAACCCGUUUGCAGAUUUGGUGGAUCAGCCUUGUCCUCUGUUGUAACACUAAGAGAAGACUCAGAGUUUCGCCUUAACUGCACCAGCGACGGAAAUCCGUUGCCAAGCUUUUCAUGGAUACAUCCUGGAGGCGGACAAUCUACUCGCCUCAUCAUAAACAGCAUUAAAAGAACGCACUCUGGAAGAUAUAGGAUAAUAGCAGAGAACAGAUUGAUUCCACUAGAGCAACAGUCCGUUUACCUCAGACAGGAUAUGCAUCUCACAGUGGAUGUGCAGUUAUCUGGACAAGAUCUACGCAUUUUCGUUCAAAAUGCAGCAACUAUAAACUUUACCAUGGAAAACAGCAUGCAGUUCACAAUUGGAAACUCUACGCAAGGAAGACGUGUGUCGCCAUUUGAAGUCAAAGUUCUUUUUCCUCCCGUGGUUAAGCCGCUGACGAACGUUACAGUAAUCGAAGAAGGCACAGUUUCUGUGGUUUGUGAAAUAACUGCUGGUGUUCCGAGCAAGAACGACUUUCAAUGGGAAAGAAUGUCUGAUAGUUCCAAAGUCUCCAUGGAGCAGACUCUUAUUUUCGCCAACAUUAAUCGAAAACAGACUGGAUACUACAAAUGUACAGCUUCGAACAACAUGGAACCCACAGGACAUGACGCAGUCGUUGGCGCCAGUAGCAAUACAGUUUACGUUGAUGUACAAUGCAAGUCCAAUACUGAAAUCAGUCUAAUUUGA